UUUUCAGCGAAAUUUACAUUUUAUUUUGUUGCUUGUUUUUCUCUGUGAAAAUGUCUGCUUAUAAUCAGUAUGGUAUGGCUCCAUUUAAUGGAAAAUCUGAUUUUAGCAUCUGGAAGCAAAAAAAUUAAAUGUAUUUUAAUACAACAAAAAUGUUUUAAAGCAGUUGGCGAAACCUAUUUAAUUUCUGACACAGAAGAGAAAAGGGCUGAAAUGAAUGAAAAUGCAUGUUCUGUGAUUUAUUUGAACUUAUCUGACUCUGUGAUUAGAAAAGUUGGAAUUUUAGAGAGUGCUAAAAUUCUGUGGGAUAAAUUGAAUGAACUGUAUACUGAGACCUCUUUGCCUAACCGGAUAUUUUUACUUGAGAAAUUCUUCAAAUUUAGACUAGAUAUGUCUAUAGAUAUUGAAGAAAAUCUAGAUGUUUUUACCAAACUUAUUUCGGAUAUUAAGUUGUGUGGUGAUAAGCAUAUAGAUGAUUAUUCUCCCAUUGCUCUUUUAAAUGCUAUUCCUGAUUCCUUUAGUGAUGUGAAAUCUGCUAUUAAGUAUGGUAGAGAUAAUGUGACUCUUGACAUUGUGGUUAAUGGUCUUAAGAGUAAGGAAUUAGAUUUAAAACAGAUGGGUGAGGGUAGAAAAUCCGAGGAAGUUAUGCAUGUGAGGGGUAGAGAAAAUAAUAGUAGACGACAUAGAUCUAAGUCUAGGUCUAGUUCGAG